GUGUGUGUGUGAGAGAGAGAGAGAGAGAAAAGGGGGAGGGAUGGAGAGUGAGAGUAUACUGAGAUACUGAGAUCUGUCAGAUUCAAACACACGACUCUCUCCUCCUCGCCGUCUGCGCCAUGAAGGGAAGGAGGAGAGAUCUGAGGGAAAGGUAGAAGGAGACGGCACAAAGUGAGGCCAGUCCAGUCCAUGGAUCGGCCAUCCAUGGACACACCCAACCGGCCUAACGUCCCUGGCGAGUGCGGCCGAUCGACGCUGAUGAUGCCCCUGCUCUGCGUCUGGCUGUAGGUCGAGCGAGUGGUCGGGGCGGAGGGGGGGCGGGGAGAAGGUCACAGACCGCGGAGCCAGUACAGGCCCUGAGGUUGGAAGGUUAAAGAAGAAGAGGACUCGUGGAGAGACUUGCAUCAUCGGGGAGCGAAGAUGAUGACAUCCCAUGGAAAAUUGAGGAGGGAGAAGGGCAGCCUGGCCGAGUAUGAAUCACAGAUGAAAGACCUGCGGGCCCAGCUAACCGACCAGAUCAAGAUUUUGGACUCCCAGGUAGAAGUGAAACAGCAGCAGCUUUCAGACCUUUCGGAGUUCCUCCGUCGACGGGGCGACAUCGAGGCCGAGUAUGCACGCGCCCUGGAUAAACUCACCGAAAGGUUCACGCACAAGACCAAGAAGAAGGAGCAGUGGGGACAGUCGGUGUGUCAAGUCUGGUCCGUCUUGCUGACUCAGACUCGUUUGGAGAGUCGUGAGCAUUCGGCGUUGGGCGACACCUGCUGCAACACGCUCACACAGCGCUUGGUGCACAGUACGGAGGACUCACAUCGGCUGCACAAACGGAGCAAAGAGGUGGGGAUCCAAAUGCAGGAUGAGCUGCUGAAGGUCACCACUGAGCUGCAGACGGCUUUGAAGACGUACAACCAGUACCACACUGACUGUCUGAUAGCUGAGGGCAAACUGAAGGAGGCCGAGCGUUUGGAGGAGAGACACACCGGCAAGUCUGCAGAGCUCGGCCUCGGACAGUCGGGAGGGCAGAGGCGGAGCUCCGUCAAGAAGAUGGAGAGAUUGAUGGAGAAGAGGCACGGCAGAGUGCAGGAGACCCAGCUAAAGUGCACCAAGGCCCGCAACGACUACCUGCUCAACCUUGCCGCGGCCAACGCCGCCAUGAACAAGUACUACCUGCAGGACGUCAGCACGCUCAUUGACUGCUGCGACCUCGGCUUCCACCCGUCCGUGGAGAGGGCGAUGAAGUGCUACCUGGCCAGCAGGUGGCGCAUCCAGAAGACGGAGGAGGCGGGGCUGAAACAGCUGGAGGCUGCGGUGACGUCGCUGGACCAGGGCGGCGACAGAGAUGCUCUGCUUCAGCAGCACGACUCCGCCUUCUGCCUUCCCUUCAGGUUCAACUACCACCCGCAUGAGGGCGACCAGGUGUGCGAGGUGAGUGCGGAGAGCCAGGUGAGGUACGAGCUGGAGACCAGAUUUCAGCAGCUUCAGUCUCGACUCGCUGCCGUCACGCUGGAAACAGAGGAGGUCAGUAAAACCCUCAAAGCGACGCUGAGCGCCCUGCUGGACUGCAUGUGCGACAGCGACUGCAACCCCUCCUCCGACAUUCCCGGCGGCCUUUCGCACGAGCCCCCCGGAGGAGGAGCCAGCGCCCCAAAACUUACCCUCGCCAAGCGUCGGGCCAAUCAGCAAGAGACAGAGACUUACUAUUUAACGAAAGUAAAGGAGUUUCUCACCAGCAGCUCCCUGACUUCCAAACUUCAAGCCAAACACGAUCUUCUCCAAGAUGCCAUACAGAAAGCCGAGGCAGUCAACACAGACCCCUCCAGAGUUCAGUGUGCUCGCUUGGUGCGCGCACGCAAGUCCAGACCCGUGUCUGAAUUUUGCCACACACUCUUCACCACAGAUAUACUGUCCUACAUACAGAGCACCGGCCAGCAGAUCCCCGUGGUGGUUGAGAGCUGCAUCCGCUUCAUAAACCUUCACGGUCUGCACCAUGAGGGAAUCUUCAGAGUUCCCGGGUCACAGAGAGAAGUGAAUCUGAUCAAGGAUGCGUUUGAGCGAGGCGAAGACCCUCUGUCAGACAGCGAGUGUGACCUGGACUCUGUGGCCGGGGUCUUGAAGCUUUACUUCAGGGGCCUUGAGCCGCCUCUCUUCCCCUAUGACAGCUACUUGCCUCUGCUGGAGUGUGUCCGUAAGACCCUUCUUGUCUCUCUGGCACCACACGUUUGCCUCUUGCGCUCGCUGGAAUUUGUCACACUUGAUUUCCUCCUCCUUAUUCCACGUGCCGUUGUUUGUCCUCCCCUCUCCCUCCCCUUCAACUUCUGCUUUUUAAAUCCCACACGUUCAGCAAUCGAGGGCAUGACGGAGAAAGCGGCGCAGAUUAAAGCAAUUGUCUCCGCCUUCCCACGCCCUCUGCUCAUCAUUAUGCGGUACCUGUUUGCCUUCCUCAAUCACGUGACUCAGUACAGCGACGAGAACAUGAUGCAGCCCUACAACCUGGCCGUUUGCUUCGGGCCCAGCCUGCUGAGGGGGCCGGAGUCGGACGACGCCGUCGCCAGGCAGCCGCAGGUCAACGACCUGGUCAAAACCCUGAUCCUGCAGCACGACCUCAUCUUCGCCGGCCAGUCGGAAUUGCCCGGCCCCAUCUACGAGAAGCACAUGACUCUCGAGCAGGAGUACUGUGAACCAAUCACGGAGGAAGGAGAUGGCGAGGCCGAACACCUGCCCAGUGAGGACGAGUGGGAAGCCGUGGCGAUGUUCGACUACGUGGCGAGAUCGCCGGCCGAGCUGUCGUUCAAGCAGGGAGAACUCCUCCUUCUUCACAGCAAGGCCUCCUGUGAUUGGUGGAGGGGCGAAGCUGGAGGGGUCAAAGGUCUCAUACCGCACAAGUACAUCAGCGUGCUGGAAGGUUCUGAGAGAGGGAAAAGGGAUGAAGGAGGAGGAGGAGGAGGAAGCACUGGAAAUCUGACAACAGAGGAUCCGCAUACAGAGAACACUGUUCGGAUGCGGGUAAACAGCGACGGCGCUUCGUUGCCAGGGCGACAGAGAGGAAGCGACGGGAGCCCCGGUCGAAAGCCGCCAACUUCCCCGGCUGCAAGACACCUGCCUGUGUCUCAAGAGCGAAGACACACCUUGGACACUGUGAGACAGGCAGGGUUCAAACCGGUGGACAGACCUGCAAUUGCUCAGCCCGACAGGACGGCCACCGUUGACAAGGACAUAAUCAGUCGCCAGAUGAACUCCGUGUUCAAGGAGCUCCUGUCUCGCCAGCCGCACAUGCAGGAGCCCACAUUAGCCACCGCCGCCAUGCCCCCCGCGCCUCUUCCUCCUCCCACUUCCUCCUCCUCCUCAUCUUCUCUCCCCGCCAAAAAAGUGGGCUUCGGUAUCCGAGGACGAGCCCUGUUCCGGCCAGUGGACUGAGGUUGGAUGGGGGAUUUCUUGCUGUCAUUGCAGUCUGGGAAGAUCUUGAUUUGUUUUUAGGAUCAUAAAUGUAGAUAUAUUAACGUCUGUGCCAUCUCAUAGUGCCACAAGGUGCUGUAUUGCAGUAUGUCUUAGUGUGUUUUACAGAUUUAUUUUGCUUCCUCUUUUCAAAAUGUUCAGGUUUGGGGUUUUUUUUUGUGCAGGUGGUCUCCUCUUAGAGAAUCAGGGAUGUGUUGUCAAUAAAGGAGUAUUAUGGCCUCACUGCAAAGACAAAGUAGGUUAUUUAUGUAUCACUAUGAGAGUAAAAGUGUGUUUUUAUAAGAAAAACUGUGGAUUGCUUGCAAAAAAUAAAUUUACCAUUCCCUUGUAAUAUUAUCUCUAUCUAUUAUUAACUGUCCUGAUAGAGUACUAUCUAUAUAUCUAUCUAUCUAUCUUCUGAAGAUUCAAGCCAUAAUUUCCACGAGAUUUGGGACUUUAUUCAUUAAAAAAAACCAGCAUGUAAUAUUGCAAUGUAUUUUCUUAAAACUUAAUGUAAAAGUCCCCCUUUUAUUUUUUUAUUAUGAAUUAAUUAUAAUAUUUAGUCUUAAUAUUACAACUUUUAUCCCUGUGACAUUACCUUUCAUGUCAUAAUAUUACCUUAUCCUCAUAAAUUCUAUAUUUUCCCAAUAAUAAUUGUUGAUAAAAAAUACAAGUGUUUUUCAUGUAAUUUUGCCAAUUCUUUAACAUUAAAGUUUUUUCUUAUAAUGUUACAAUUCCUCAUUUCUCUUUAAAUUACACAUUUAACCUUGUCGAAAUGAUGCACUCUCUUAUUCGCAAAUUGCACAAUUAAGACUUUUUUUUCCUGCAUGAUUUUAUUUUCAUGUUUUCUUGCAAGAUUACAACUGAUCUUCUUAAAACUUCUCCUUCAUUUCUGUGAAAUUCCCCACCCUCGUAAAAUUACAAUAUAAUGCAAUUGUUUUGGACUAUGUUAAAAAAUAUAUAUCUUGAAUUAAUUCCCUUAAACCUUUCAUCUUGGUAUUGUUUAUACCUCUCAUAUCUGUAACAUUACAUUCUUUAAUAUAUGCUAUUAAGUUCAAGUUAAAGUACCAAUGAUUGUCACACACACACUCGGUGUGGCGAAAUUAUUCUCUGCAGUUGACCCAUCACCCAUGAUCACCCCCUGGGAGGUGAGGGGAGCAGUGAGCAGCAGUGGUGGCCACGCCCGGGAAUAAUUUUUGGUGAUUUAACCCCCAAUUCCAACCCUUGAUGCUGAGUGCCAAGCAGGGAGGUAAUGGCUCCCAUUUUUAUAGUCUUUGGUAUGACAAUUGUAUUCAAAUACAUUUUAAUUCAAUUAUUCUAAUAAUACAUAUUUCUUAUAUAUUUAACGUUACAUAAUUUUUCAUAUAGUAUUACGAUUUUAUUCUCAUUAAAAAAUGACUAUUUUUUAUUCAAAUUUUACCUUUAAUUUUAUAGAGAUUCUCCAAAGAAUAUUGUAUUUUUGCACUUUUACUCUCAUAGAAUGACUUUUUUUUCCCCACAUACUAUUACAGUUUUAUUCCUGUACUUAUAUCAAUAUUUUGUAACAUUACAACCUUAUUUGAUAGUAAAAUCAUACAUUAUAUGUGAACUUAUACCUUUUUUCUCACAUUAUUUUGCCUUUAUAGUGUUAGAAU